UUUGCACGUAGUGCUGGGGGCCGCCGCUCCCCCCCCGACCCCCCCCAGGACCCUUCCUCGACGCCCCUCCCCCCUACAGAACUCGGGGGGCUGCGGGGCGGCCCUAAAGCGUGUGGAGGUGGUCGCCGACCCCCCCAGUUACGUUUUGGGGGUGCCGUACCCAGGGAACCUAUUGAGGAACGUGGCGUGGGGGGGGGCGGCGGGAGGGGACCCCCUUCGUGGGGGGGUCGGACCCCAGAAUAAGGGGGGGGGACCCCAAACGUUUGUGCUGUUGGUGGAUGCCGACGUGGUGCCGAGUGGGGGGCUGAGGGAGGGGUUCCUAAAGAUGGUGGCUGAGGGGGGGGAACGGUGGGGACCCCCAUUUAUGGGGCGUCCCAGUGAUUGGGUUGGGGGGGGGGUUGGGGGGGAACGGCGUGUCCUGGGGGUCCGCAACCCCAUAGAGGACCCCAAGAGGGUCAGUGACCCCAACCCCAUAGGGAACCCCAACCCCAUAGAGGACCCCAAGAGCUUCGGUGACCCCAACCCUAUAGGGGACCCCAACCUCAUAGGGAGCCCUAAGAGAUUCAGUGAUCUCAACCCCAUAAGGGUCCCCAAAAGGUUUGGUGACCCCAGCCCUAUAGAUGACCCCAAAAGCACAAAGGUUCUUGAGAGCCUCCAUGAUCCCCACAACCUCGGCGUUCUGAAGGACCCCAAUGUCAUCGAGGACCCCAACCCCGUGAUCCCAAAGAGAUUUGGUGUCCCCAGUGCCAGCACUCUGAAGGACCCCAUUGCCAUCAAAAACCCCAAUGCUAUGGAAGACCCCAACCCCAAUUUGGAGGUCCCCAAUGCCGCGGGGGUCACUGGAAAUUUCAGUGACCCCAAAGACAACGCUCUGAAGGACCCCAAAGCCCUGGAAGACCCCAAAACCCUGGAAGAUCCCCACACCAUCAAAGACCCCAGUGUCAUGGAAGACCCCAAUGCCAUCGAAGACCCCAAUGCCAUGGAAGAUCCCAAAGCCCUGGAAGACCCCAAAGCCCUGGAAGACCCCCACACCAUCGAAGACCCCAAUGCCAUGGAAGAUCCCAAAGCCCUGAAAGACCCCAAAGCCCUGAAAGACCCCCACACCUUCAAGGACCCCAGUGCCAUGGAAGAUCCCAACGCCAUGGAAGAUCCCAACGCCAUGAAGGACCCCAACGCCAUGACGGACCCCAAGACUUUGGACGACCCCGGUAUUCCCAACGCCAUAGAGAUCCCCAACCCCAUGGACGACCCCCACCCCCCAGGUGCCCCCAUUGCCCCAUGGGACCGGGUGGUCUUCGUGCUGCCAGCCUUCGAGGUGCACUCGGGGACGCCGAUCCCAGCCACAAAAGCGGAGCUGCUGCACUUAUGGGGUUUGGGGGCAGCUCGACCUUUCUAUGGGGCUCUGUGCCCACGGUGCCAGGCACCCACCGACUAUGGGAGGUGGUGGGAGCUGCCCCCGGGCCCCCAGCUGAGGGUGGCCUACGAGGCCCCAUGGAGGGACCCUUGGGAGCCCUUCUAUGUGGGGCCGGCCCAAGGCGUGCCCCCCUUCGACGAGCGCUUUGUGCAGUACGGCUUCAACCGCAUCAGUCAGGCAUGCGAGCUGCACAUGGCCGGGUUCCGCUUUGCGGUGCUGGACGGCGCCUUCGUGGUCCACCGUGGCUUCAAGGAGGCAGGAGGCUUCCAUGGGGCGAAGGAGGCCGAGCUGACCCACAACCGGCAGCUCUACCGCCGCUUCCGCGCCGAGCUGCGCCAGCGCUACCCCAACUCACCACGACGAUGCUGACAGCGUGGGGUGCUGAGUCCUGGGGUGUGGGGUCCGUUGGCGUUGGCCUGGGUCUCAUCAGUGUUGGUCCCGUUGACGUUGGU